AGUUGGCGGCCGCCUGGCCGGUGGCGCCGGGGCCGUGGAAGGUCCAAUCGUGGCUGACGGCGGGCACGAGGCGCGCGGGCCGCAUCUUGCGGCGGUCGUGGAUGAAGAAGAGCAAGCGGAGGUAGACGAGGGGCUGUGGGGUCACCUUCUCUUCCUCUCUCCUUCCACCCCAAAUCUUCUGCAUUGGGUGUGACGCAGUGGGAGAGCACGUUGGCCUGGACCUCAAGCUACCCACGUUCUAGUCCCGCCUCUGUCAUUUCCUAGAGCUGUGGCCUCGGAUCUCUCCCUGGUGCCACGGCUGCUGAGUGUGCAUCAAAUCUGAAGAAAAUUUACACCGUACAGACAGUACAGAUAUUCUGGAGUGUGUAUAAUAAUAUCCCGCCUGUGACUAGCCUGCCUUUGAGAUGUAGUUACCAUUUAAUGAGAGGAGAGAGGCGACCACUUUGGGAAGAGGAGAGUAAUGCAAAGGGUGGUGUAUGGAAGAUGAAAGUUCCCAAGGACAGCACGUCCACAGUUUGGAAAGAAUUGUUGUUAGCAACUAUCGGGGAACAGUUCACAGACUGCGCUGCAGCAGAUGACGAAGUAAUAGGAGUCAGUGUCAGUGUUCGGGACCGGGAAGAUGUCGUCCAAGUCUGGAAUGUAAAUGCCUCUUUAGUCGGUGAAGCGACUGUUUUAGAAAAGAUCUAUGAACUUCUGCCCCACAUAACUUUUAAAGCAGUAUUUUAUAAACCCCAUGAAGAGCAUCAUGCUUUUGAAGGUGGACGUGGAAAACACUAAUUGCACUCUGUAAAGAAUUCUUUGUCCUUUGCUGAUUGGUUUUGGAAACGGUCUUAACAGGAGGGAGAGUGAAGAGAAGACAUGCCGAAGCCCGAUGCUGGUCCAUUUAGAGUGGGUUUCUGUCCUUGCAGACUGGGCAAUUAGGACUCAAAGUGGCAGGUGGGGUGGGGGGAGACUGUGUGGGUUUCUACCGUCACAUUAUUUGCUUUAAAAAAAAAAAAAACUUUUUUUUUCUGGCUCUCUAAAUUCUCCAUUCUUUUCACUCUGAAAUUUUUUUUUUUUUUUGCCCUUUAAAAUUCCUUAUUCAGUCUAAUUAUUGUUUUCUACACUCCCCUUUCAUUGAGGCCCAAGAAAUUGGUUUCCCUUUAAGUGGCUGUGCUGUACCUAGUUAAUGAGAAUAUGAAUAAUCAUGACAAUACUGCUUUUGAAAACCACCCUGUACAAGGAGGAAUUCUAGCUUGGUGAAACCUGUCUUCUGAUUAUUUGUUGUGACACAUUUGUACCUACCAUGAUCUGGGCAUUGUUUUUUUCUGUCCCAGGGAAAAGGAAAACUAUACUUAAUCUGAUUUUGCACAGGCAGUACAUAUAUCUUUUAUUUUUCCUUUUUAAAAUAUUUUUAUUGUUGUUAGUGAUACAGGGACAAUAGUUGGGUUGCCUAACAUUAAAACUGUAAUCACAGUUCCAUAUCAGGAUGUAAAUAAAUCAAACUCUAGGUCUUUGGACCCUCUGUGGAAAUAUUUCUAACCAGAAUUUCAAUUUGGCCUUUUCAAUGAAAGGCUUAGCGUGGUAGCAAGGGAUUCCUCCCUGUAGAAAACCUGAGAUCUCUGAUUGAAAGAGGAGGUGAUAUUUUAAUUGUUCGAAUUAAGCUUCAUCAGAAGUUGGAGUGUGUUUACCCACUUAGGACUUUCCAAAUCAAUUCUUACACGUUUUGUUAAAUGAUCCCCCUUUUCCUGCUCACAUUGUGUGUCAUUUCUGAUAAUCAAUAGGCCUCCGACCUGGGCAGCUCUUUGUUCCUUUAGGAGCAGGAGGUCACGUCUCAUUUCCAGGAUGGAUAUGAACAUUCACAAAGUCGAAUGUCGAGUGCAUUCUGUACAUAUUAAUUAUUGGAAUUGUUGAUAUAUAUUGUAUUAUACUACCAAAGAAAUAGUGAUCUUAGUGAAAGGACAGGCCACCCUCUGGAACAUUGAGACCCCCACAGAAUGUGCUAAUCUCCUUCUCUCAACUUUGUCAAGCCUCUGGCUGCUUUUGUCUGAUGAAGGGCAGGGCCUUUGGAAGAGGCCUCCUCGGGCUGGCCUGUUUUGGAGCUAGUACAUGCUUAUGCAUUUUUCAAAAGGGCGGUGCACUCAGAACUUUCAUUGCACCCAGGAUUUCUAAUUCCUUGCAGUUUGAACUGGCAGAAAGUGGUUGGGGCUACUUUCAGCUUCCAACGUGUGUUUGUAAAUAAAAUUCUCUGUCGAAACCUUUUAAUGAACUUGCCACGAUAUGUUUUUAUAAAUCUCAUGGCCUUCAUUUGCAUUGCUAAGCACAUCAGUCACAAUAAACAUCAUCAUAGUUUUAAAAAAAUACUUUUUUCUAAACUUGACUUUCUUCAGUGAUUUCAAAAUAAGGUACAAGGAUAUGAGACCCAUUUAGCAAAAGCCUGGGACUUGUUUCUCUAUAUGUUGUACUAACUAACAUUCAACUUGUUUUAAAAUAUUCCUGACGGAUUUUUUUUUAAAUUAUAGAUGUGAAUUAAAAUUCUUUUUUAUAAUAUAAGUAUUUUUCUGAUAGAUUAGGAAAAAGGAUAUGAUCGACUUUACUAUAAUUGUUAUAUAUAUUUCCAUAAGUAAAUGGAUUUGAGAUAUUUUUAUUUUUUGAAUUUUAUUUAAACCAUUUGUGAUGACGUGUUCAACUUUUGCGUGUAUGUAGCCUUUGAAGUAAAAAUAAAAUAAAAUAAAUAGGAAUGUUAGGUUCACA